AUGAGUAUGUUUACAGGUUUUUCUGGUUCCGCAAACAAUCUACUCAACAGACCAUAUGGUGUUGUACGUGAUCCUAACUCUGGUACAAUUUACAUAGCUGACUACAGUAAUCAUCGUGUUGUAAGUUAUGUCACUGGUGCUUCCUCAGGAACAAUUGUUGCUGGUGGUAAUGGUCCUGGAACAAAUAAUACACAAUUGCGCAAUCCUGCCGGUCUCUACUUUGACUCAUCAACGAACAGUCUUGUCAUCGCCAACUAUGGAGCCCAUAAUAUAGUUCGCUGGGUUCUUGGUGCCAAUAGUUGGACACUCAUCGUCGGUAGUAUUAAUGGAUCGGCUGGUAACACGUCGACACUUCUCAACUAUCCGACAGAUGUAACUUUUGAUUCCAUGGGUAACAUGUAUGUAGUCGAUAUGUUCAAUCAUCGCGUACAAUUUUUCUUUGAAGGUCAAAUGAAUGGUACUACAAUUGCUGGUGUUACAGGCGAAAUCGGUAACAAUGCUACCUUACUUAACUUUCCCGUGUCCAUAGUGCUUGACACUGAACUUAAUUUGUAUGUUGCAGAUAUGUAUAAUCAUCGAAUACAAAAGUUCCCAAGCUAUUUAUUACAAUCUCUACUGAUCUAA